AUGCCACCCCCAGGGAGCUGCCGGGUCCCCAAGCGCCACGCCGGGGACAGCGGCGACACCCACGAGAAGGUGCUGGGACGCGGGAGCUGCCGGGUCCCCAAGCGCCACGCCGGGGACAGCGGCGACACCCACGAGAAGUCCCCGUUGUCACCCCGUGUUGUCACCACUUGGAUCCACCCCAACACCUUCCAUAUUUCUGGAAUUUGGGGAUCCCCGCUUGGGGGACACCUCUGGGUGCUGUGGGGUGCUGAGAGCCUCCCUGGGAGCCCGGCAGGACCCCCCAUUACUCCCAGUAUUCCCAUUAUCCCCGAUCCCAACCCCGCUCCCGACGCCGCAGGCAGCGACGCCGCCUCGCAGCAGGAAUUCACCUCCUGCCUCAAGGAGACCCUGAGCGGGCUGGCCAAGAACGCCAAUGACCUCCAGAAUUCCCCGGGCUCGGAGGAGGAGCUGGCGAAGGCGCUGGAGGGGCUGGGGCUGGAGGAGGGCGGCGGCGACGGCGUCCUGCCCGUCAUGCGCAGCAUCAUGGAGUCCCUGCUGUCCAAGGACGUGCUCUACCCCUCCCUCAAGGAGAUCACCGAGAAGUACCCCGAGUGGCUCCGGCAGCACGAGGGCUCGCUGUCCCCGGAGCAGCGGGAGCGGUUCCGGGCGCAGCAGGCGCUGAUGCUGCGGAUCUGCGCCGAGCUGGAGCGGGAGCGGCCCGAGGAGCCCGAGGGGCAGCGCCGCGAGCGCUUCGAGACGCUGCCGGACCUGAUGCAGCAGCUGCAGGACCUGGGCCACCCCCCCAAGGAGCUGGCAGGGGACACGCCCCCCGGACUCAACCUGGAGCUGCCGGGGGGGGUCACUGGGGAGCAGUGCCGCCUCAUGUAGGGCAGCUUUGGGGU